AUGGCCUUCCUGCAGCCUCCCGCCAUCCAACCAAGUUGGCGGCACUUCUUGAACAUGCCACUGCCAAGCCACCUCAUUGUUGUUUGCGGCCACGCAAUCUGGACGGGAGGUCCAUCCAAUGGCCUGGACGAGGCGGAAUGGGUCAUUGAAGACUGGAAAAAGGGUGAAACGCCGACGUACACGGCACAUAUCAAGGCUGGCCUCAAAGCCCUCGGCCAAGACGACCGAGCCCUGCUAGUAUUCUCAGGCGGCCCGACCAGCGCAUCGACUCCCAUCUCAGAAGCCCGCAGCUACGCCAACCUCGCCGCCGCCAAUAACUACUGGGGCCUAAUCCACCCACCACCUGUUGCACCAGCACCCAUCACGCCUCACUCACAUUCCCUAUCCCCCAUCCCUCUCCACCCCCGCGUCGAGUGCGAGGAGCGCGCCCUGGACAGCUACCAGAACAUCCUCUUCAGCAUCAUCCACUUCUGGCGCAGCACCUCGCGGUGGCCCGUCUCCCUCACCAUCGUCUCCCACGCGUUCAAGCGCCGCCGCCUCGUCGAGGCGCACUGCGGCGCCCUGGCCUUCCCCCUCGACCGGGUCCGUUUCGUCGGCCUCAACCCGCCUGGGGUACCUGAUGUGGUCGACAGCGAGGAGAGGGCGGUUUCUGAGUGGUUGAGGGAUCCCAGGGGCCAGUCGGACAGUCUCAAGUCGAAGAGGGCCCGGCGGAACCCGUGGGGUGUGGCUCAGGGGUUGUUUGUGGAUGCGGAUGAGAGGCGGCGGGGUGGCGUCGCGACGAGGGUCCUUGAGGAUGGCGAGGAGUUCCUGCUUGAGGAAGAGGGGCCCAGACCUUGGGGGGGAGACUAA